UGUGGCCGCCGGCUCGGCGCGGCUCCUGUCGCGAUCUGUCGCGAUUUGUCGCGAUCUGUCGCGCCCUGUCGCGCCGGCCCCGCGGCUCCAGGCCCGCCCAUGGAGGCCGCGCCGCGGUUGGUGCCCGGGGUGGCCCUGCCGGGGUCUCUUUCGCCGGCGCCUCCCCCCGCCGCCGCCACCAGCGGCGACCCGCCACCCUCAGGGCCACCCUCAGGGCCGCCCUCAGGGCCAGCAGCGGCGCCGCCGCAGCACGACAGCGGCGACGUCCUGCAGCAGAUCAUGGCCAUCACCGACCAGAGCUUGGAUGAGGCCCAGGCCAGGAAGCACGCCCUGAACUGCCACAGGAUGAAGCCGGCCCUGUUCAGCGUCCUCUGUGAAAUCAAGGAAAAAACAGGUCUGAAUUCCUCCUUUUUAUUUCCAUUUUUUCCCUCAAAUCCCACUUUUUCUUCUCAGUUUUCCCCCCAUUCCACUUUAUCCUGAUUUUCCCUCACAGAUUCACAAUUUAAAGUUUUCUAAAAAAUUUUUUUAGGUUGAAAUUUGAGGUUUUUGGAGUUUUUUAAGGGAGGAAAAAGAAAUUUUGGGGUUGUUUUAUGGGGAAAUUCCAGGAUUUGGGAGUUUUUUUAGGAAAUUCCCUCUGGAACCUGGAAAAUCCCAGUUUUUUCUCUCCAAAUCCAGAAAUUUGCAGAUUUUACCCAGAAAAAUGAGAAGAAAUCAGGAAGCCCCAUUUUUUUUCUUCCAUUUCUCCUCAUUUCUUCCAUUAUUUUUUUCCUCUCACUC